UGAACAAUGCGCAUGUCCCUUUAGAGCUAUCCUUGACUCACUCCACCUUCUGUUCAGCCGAGAAGCCAGGAUUGCAUUUUGCAGUCGUGACAAUCAAAUACUGAGAACACUAAACGUCACCCAACCUGGAGAAAAAUAAGCUGUGUUUAGUUGACCUGACCAUGGCUGGAGUGAUCUGAGUGUGGUGCGGUUUCCCACGGCGAUCGGACCUCAUCUGAAACCAGAACCAUGGUGAGCCGACUCAGGAGCUGCGCCCCGGUCAUCCGCUUCUGCCAGAAGCUGAACCGGGUCAAGACCUUAGAGGAUGACAUGAUGGAGACCUCGCUGAAGAGGUGCCUCACCACGGUGGACCUGACCCUGCUAGGCAUCGGGGGCAUGGUGGGCUCCGGCUUGUAUGUACUGACGGGAACUGUGGCAAAAGAAACAGCGGGGCCGGCUGUGGUCAUAUCCUUCCUGCUCGCCGGGCUGGCUUCCCUGCUUGCAGCCUUCUGCUACGCUGAGUUCGGAGCCCGGGUGCCAAAGACCGGCUCGGCCUACAUGUUCACCUACAUCUCCGUUGGGGAAAUUUGGGCCUUCUUGAUUGGCUGGAAUGUUAUUCUGGAGUAUAUGAUUGGAGGAGCGGCAGUGGCCCGGGCCUGGAGCGGUUACCUAGACUCAAUUUUUAAUCACACCAUAAAAAAUUUCACAGAGACCCACAUUGUGAGCUGGAACGUGCCCUUCAUAGCCCAUUACCCCGAUCUCCUGGCAGCAGGGAUCCUCUUAGUAGCUACGGUCUUUGUCUCCUUUGGAGCCCGGGUCUCUUCCUGGCUCAACCACGUGUUCUCAGCCGUCAGCAUGGUUGUCAUCCUCUUCAUCCUCAUUUUUGGGUUCGUUUUGGCCAAACCAGUCAACUGGAGCAUGCAGGAAGGGGGCUUUGCGCCCUAUGGCAUGUCUGGGAUCCUGGCUGGCACUGCCACCUGUUUCUAUGCCUUCGUUGGCUUUGACGUGAUCGCGGCUUCCAGCGAGGAGACCAAAGACCCUCAGAAAGCUAUCCCCAUAGCAACCGCUGUCUCCCUCGGCAUGGCAACCGGGGCCUACAUCCUGGUCUCUACGGUGCUCACUCUAAUGGUGCCCUGGCACACCCUGGACCCUGAGUCCGCUCUGUCUGAUGCCUUCUACCGCCGGGGUUACAGCUGGGCAGGCUUCAUAGUGGCCAUCGGCUCCAUCUGUGCAAUGAACACAGUUCUCCUGAGUAACCUCUUCUCGCUGCCCCGCAUUGUCUACGCCAUGGCUGAAGAUGGCUUGUUCUUCCAGGUCUUUGCCCGGGUCCACCCGGUAACCAAGGUGCCGGUGAUUGCCAUCGUGGUGUUCGGGAUCCUCAUGGCCAUCCUGGCUCUCAUCUUUGACCUGGAGGCUUUGGUCCAGUUCCUCUCCAUCGGCACCCUGCUGGCCUACACCUUCGUGGCUGCCAGUGUCAUCGUCCUGAGGUUCCAGCCCAACAAACCCAGCUCUUCCCCCUCCGCCACCCAGCCCUCUGCAUCCCAACCCAGCUCCCCAGCCCAGGACAGCGGGGAACUGAAGGAGUACGAGUCCUUCUCUGAAAAACUCCAGCUGGUGGAGAUGCAGAAGAAAGCCAAGGAGCGGAGGGAGCCAGGCCAGCUCAGGCCUGUCUUUGACCCCUACCUGAAGUUCCUCAAUGCCUUUGAGCCUGGUGAGGUAGUGACCAUCUCUGUGGUGUCCAUGGUGGUCUGUGCUAUUUGCAUGUGUAUCAUCCUGGUGUUUGGGACAAACCAGCUGCAGCUGCCCCUCUGGAGUGUUUGUCUGCUGGCUGUCCUGUGUGGAACCGGGUAUCUCCUCAGUCUCUUCUUCAUUUGGGUCCACGAGCAGCAGCAUAUCAUCAAGACCUUUCAGGUGCCGCUGGUGCCUCUAAUUCCAGGGCUGAGCAUCUUGAUGAAUGUAUUCCUCAUGCUGAAGCUGAGCGCAAUGACUUGGAUUCGCUUCUCAGUCUGGCUUCUAGUAGGUCUCCUGGUGUAUUUUUGCUACGGUAUCUGGCACAGCAAGGAGAACCUGCGUGAGCCCAAGCCCCAAAGCGUCGCUGCCCGCUAUGUGGUCCUGCCCAGCGGCAGCCUGGUAGAGACUGUCCAGACCGUGCAGCCGGACCCCCAGGAGGGCACGGGGCUGGGGGAGGGGUCCAAAGAGGAAAAAGCAACAAGAUGAUUGGGCUCCAGCACAGGCCUCCUUUCAAAUCCUUCCCAUUCUGCCUCUUACAUGCUGGGUUUGAUUAUUUCUUUCCUAUAAGGGUCACAACACUGAAACCAAGGUUAGCUGAAAGCACCAAAGGAAGGGACAUAUUGUAAUCAUGUUUAAAUAGUGACAUUGGUCUCCAUGCAGUGCAAUUCAGAAAACACUAGGUCUGUCUUUUGUGUUUAGCAUUCAGCUAAUAUACACCGCUAUACAACCCUAGACACCUAUCAACUGUAUGUGGUAGUUUUUCUGUUUCAAAUGUAAAUGAUUUAUUUCCUUCCCUUUUUUCUGAGGUUUGCAGUCAUAGUGAUGGUGUGUUGCUCCACUUUCCUUCUUUUUACCCUUGCACUUUCACUGAGCACAUUCACCUGCCUGCUCAUUGUGGUUGACUUCUCCAUUAGUACCAUGUAUAUUCAUUCACAGCUAUUUCACAGUGACCUAUUUUUAGCUGAGCUUUUGAAGUCGAUUGUACUGCUGACACCUGUAAUGUGUUGAUUGCAUUUAUUAUUAAUCUCUCUUUUUUUAUCCAUUAAAGAAUAUGUCAUACAUACAAACAUGACAAUGAGUGUUUAGUGCUACAAGACAAUAGCAUUUCAUGUUCAAAAAUCUUUCUUUUCAUGUUUUUAAAAUAGUUUGUAUACUUUUUUUAAUUAGCAUAUGUAGACCUGUAUGGUUUAGCAUCAGAACUCAAAUAUAACAAAAUUAAUGAUACUGUCUACCACUGUAUGUGUAUAAUGUAAUGUUUUUGACACAUCAGAAACUGUCUCCAAAAGUCUCACCUUUCACAAGAGCAUAAUUUCUCUCACCUUUCACAAAAGCAUCACCCCAUUUCUUGCUGUCGGUAUGCCUUAGUCACAUUGCCUUUAUGGAAAGUGGGAGCACAAGCUGUCUGUAGGGAUCAUCGAUGAAAGGGAUGCUUUUAGCUGUCAGAUCGAUGUGUACAGCAGGCUUCUCUAAUCCUAAAAUAUAUUACGUGACCUUUCUUUGGGAGUGUCAGUUGAAUCCACAUUUAUCAGACCAGAUGCCUCUAGAGAAGUACUUUGCCCUUUAAGCAUAUAUAAAAUAGAUUGGAAAUGUCCUGCACCCAGAUCCAUGUGGUGAGAGGUGUACAGCCUUUGGAUCUCAGGAAAAAAAACAGUUUCAGAUCCAUAAUGAGCCAUUUCAUAAACGCAGUAACACACUACCCACUUCUCUUGCAUUUUAAAUAUGCCAUUUAUUUUCCAGUAUUACAAUUGUUAGGAAAUUGUCAUCAAUAAAAAAGUAGGUAUUCCCUGCUCUGUUCCAGUAGUAGAAUAGCAUUCCUUCAUGUUUUUAAAAGCAGGAUAUUUUCUUGUAACAGGCGUUAGUGCUCUUUUUAAUAUUUCCCAAACCGUUUUUGAACUUUUUCUAGGGUGAACCUUUUGCUAUUUAAUUUACUGCGUAGUUUGUUUUAAGGCAGUACUGUAUCUGGAGAUUUAGGGUCUAGUGCUCCCCCCCCCCCCCCCCCCAAAAAAAAAUGGAAUCAGUUGAAGGAAACCAUAAAAUAACAGUACACUUGAUAGGAUAGAAGUGCUGGCAGCAGCUGAGGUAUAUGUUAGUAACCCUUUCUUGCUUUCUGUUCUCCUGUCUCUGGACACUGUUCAGCUUUUGCUUUGACGUGUAUAUACACAACCUGUAUUCUUAUAGCCCUUUUCUUGUCAAUGUUGUAUUUAUAUUAAAGAAGAGCCUGUGAUGAUAUUUAGUGAAUAAAUGUUUUAAAGCAGCAAAAGACCGGAUAGUUCCUCAUUCUUGUCUAAAAA